UUGUGAAGUUCCAGGAGCCAGAGUCUGUUGGAGUGUCUCAGCAUCUGACUAACACCGUGUUUGUGGACAGAGCCUUGAUCGUGGUCCCGUUUGCUGAAGAAGGCAAAAGCAGGCCCCUCGUUGAUGGCUGAAAGUGGUCCUCUGCCUGCCAACAGGGGAUUGUAGACAUUUGCAAAGGCCAGCAAGCAUUCAAGCCCCACCCCUCUCUUUUUGUGUCCUCUAUUCUUUCUCUGCCCUCUCUUUCUCUUUCCUUCUGUCUAAUUUUAUCUUUUCUAGGUGGUGUAGUUUAGAGUAUAAAGGUCAGAAAUCAAGGACAUAGCCUGAAACAGUGCUUACCCUGCACUAUUUUUCAACACUUUGGAACGCUGCUUAUCAAUUAAUUUUAUGGCUAAAGCUUUGUUCCUUAAAAGAAAAGGCUGGCAAUAUUCUUCAUCUUUUGAUGUCAACAAAUCCUAUGAAGAGACAAAAAGACCACUGUCCAAAAACGCAUAUUAAAAAGCACAUCUUGUCCCACAAACAUGUCUCCCCCCUGCACGGGGGGACAUGUUUGUUCAAUUCAGUGAACGCUGGCACUGCAGUUUAUUUUGAGUCAGUGCCACAGGCACCAUUCUGCUGGUGUAAAUACUUGCUAGUGCACCAAAUGUGUAUUAAUCUGCCACUGAAAAUAAUCAAACAAGUGCUGCUGUUGAAAACUACAGUACCUGGUUGUUUUAGGAAAUAAUUUAGCUUUUUAUAAAAAUUAAAUAGUAUAUUUAUGACCUGUUUUUGAAGAUUUCAGUGGUAAUAAUGGGGAUUGUAGCUGAGAGCCGCACACAGGGUAUAGAAAUUAGAAAGUAUUGACAGACGGAUAAGGACAUAGUUGAUUUUGGUCUUUUCGUGGGAUUUAUUGACAAUAACAUAAAAAACAGAGUAUAUCCAGCUUCCUCCAUUGUAAAAAUGUUUAAAUUUACUACUGAAAUUUAAAAAAAAAAAACAACAACUUAACAACGUUUGGGUCUGGUGGCGAUACAAGAGGACUGUGUGUUGUUAAUCAGUUGUUCAAAAACCACAAUGCCCAGGUAGCUGACACUGCACAGACAUACUUUGAAAAUUUACAUUAUCUCAGCGAAAUGAGCGAAUUUUGGACUUAAAAAGGAGAACACUAGUCAAAGAUGAUUGUCUGAUAUACUGAUGUAACAGUUUGCCUCCAUCUCGUCAUAAGUUGUCUAAGAUACCCACCCGCCAUAACACGAUGUUGGUACAAUAUUCUCUUUAACAGUGGUCUUCUUUUGUUGUUGUGUUUUACAGUUCUUUUUCCUGGCUCAGCCAGUCCUGUAUACCAGGCCCAGCUGAAAAUACCAUCCAACAGUUUUGUCUCCUGCAGCAAUUUCUCGAUCCAGUGUGCUUCUUUUGUUUAAAUGUUGUCAUUAUUGUGUGUCCGUUUUUAUGUGAGAGUAAGAGUUGUUUUUGGGGUGGAUUUACUGUGAGAUGAUUAUGAGGUCUUUAUUUGUUCAUUUUGGGCCAUUUUGAAAUAAAAUCAGAGGCAUUUUGCAAAAAAAAAAGAUGAUAAAAUGAUCAUCCUUGGUCCACGUUUGGUUAAUUGAUGCAGUGACAGGUAAGGAUACUAGAAUAAUGAUGUACAAAAGGCACGCUACCUACCCUUAAUUCUGUUAUUGCCAUUUAGUGUAUAAACCACUUAAUCCUCUGAAAUGUGUUUUGGUAAGUAGACACUGAUAGCUUGUAUAGUGUUCUUGCCAAAUCCCUAAAUUUCUCUUUGUUGUGUGUAUCUCGAUUUUUCUCUGUGUGCUUUUAGUAGCGAAGCCGCCAACGUGAGUCGCUUGUUUCAGUAAACGUCUAAAUGAAAAUUGAGGGCACACCCAACUGGAGAAGCAGCUGUGCUUGCUAACGUUUGGUUCAUGACUUAAAAAACACGUUCAGGAUCUAUUCCAGAUGAGGCUAAAGCUUUGUCACUGUUGGCGCCAGCAAAUGCUGUUGCAGGAAUUCUGCCAGGGGGAGGACUUCUUCCAACACCCAACCCCAUCCCCAAUCCAUCUAUUGGAGGGAACCCUUUUGGUGCUCCGAACAUGGAUGCAAUGACUGCAUUUGGCUUCCCAGGACCCAAUAUGAAUCCCCAGGCUGCUGAUCAGCUGUUAAAGUUCAUGACGGAUCCAAAACUGAAUCCCCUGGCUGCAGGCUUAAACCUGAACCCAGGCCUGAAGGCUGACGCAUCCAAUAAAGAAAUCGAAGAGGCCAUGAAGAGAGUCAGAGAGGCUCAGUCGCUCAUUUCUGCUGCUAUUGAACCUGGAAAUAAAGAGAGCAAAAAGAAGCACUCUCGGUCCCGGUCCCGGUCCAGAAGGAGGUGGUCAAGAUCCCGUUCAAGACACAGGCGAACCAGAAGCAGAUCAAGGCGACGAUCAGGCUCGAGAAGCAGGCGGCGCUCCAAAAGCCCACGCAGGAGACACACCCACUCCAGAGACCGAAGCAGGCGAUCAGGAAGCAGAUCCAGAGAUAGAAAGAAAGAUGACUCUGGGAGAAGAAGAUCCAAAACACCACCCAAAAGCUACAGCACAGCCAGGAGGUCACGCAGUAUGAGCCGGAGACGCAGGAGAAGUCGCAGCAGCAGCCGAUCUCCUAAAAAGUCCCCUAAAAGGAGAAGCUCCAGGUCUCCAUCUCCUCGAAGACACAAGAAGGAGAAGAAGAGGGAUAAGGAAAGGGACAGGGACCGCAGGAGUGAUAAAGAGCGUAGUCGUGAGGAACGUGAACACUCCACCAGCAAGAAAAAGAAAAGUAAAGACAAAGAAAGAGAGCGGGAGAGGAAGUCGGAUGGCGAGAAAGGAGAUGUUAAGAUCACCAGGGAUUACGACGAAGAAGAGCAGGGCUAUGACAGCGAGAAGGAGAGGGAGGACAGGAAGGAUUCAGACGACUCUGCUUUUUCUCCACAGUCAGUAGAAGGUAACGGCACAGCACGACCCAUGAAGAAGGCCAAAGUUAACGGUGCUGACGAUCACCAUGAAGAGGACAUGGAUGUCAGCGACUGAGUGGUCCAUCCUGCCUUUUCCCACAUAAUCCCUCCACUAUUGUUGUCAGCGUGUUGCAAAACAACAUUUUUUUCCCCCACUGGGGUACAUCUAAAAUGUGAAGUGUGUUUGAAAUGUAUUGAUUUUUCACAAAGAAAUGUACAAUGUUGGACUGUUAGUCUUUUUUGUCCAAUGACGUCGUUCUCUUGCUUUGUCACAUCGCUUUAAAGUAGACAUGCUUUUUGCCUCUAAAAAUGUAAUCAGUUAAAACUGGAAGUAGACUUGCUUUGCUUUCUUGAGCUUGUGUUGUGAGAUUUUGUCACUUCUCCUAUACUGUAUCUUUAUAUUUUUGUUUAUUGUUGUGGUGUGAUGCUCAGGCCUAUUUCUGCAUCUUUUUGGAGACAGUUACAUUUGCUUCUUGUGAUUUGAAUGUGUUGUUUUAUCAAGGAUUUCUUUUAUAAUAAAGCCUUUUUGGAGAA